AUGGGAGACUGGAGCCUGAGUCUGGGGUCCCUGUGCGAGGGGGCUGUGGGCAGGCUGGCGGGGAUGUUGGACAAUUCCACCUGUGGAUGGAGACAGCUGGCCCAGGUGGUCAACGAGCAGCCUCGACUCCGCUGCAGUGAUAGCGAGCUGACCAGCUGCUCACUCGAGGUGCUCAGCCCCACCGGAAGCCCUGGACGCCAUUUCCUGGCCAAGCUUGCCGACCGCACCUGCACCCUGGCCUUCCUCCUCCAAUGUCUCAAGAAGAUUGACCACCAGGACGCUGUGCAAUACCUCACCGCUACAGUGAUGGAGCAGAUUCGGAUUACACAGCAGCCCCAAUCCCUGCAGGCCUUAGAAGGGAGCAGGAUGGUGUUGACCUGCAGAGCUUCUGGUCCCACUGGUCUCACCUACCAAUGGUUCAGAGGCAAAAAAGAGAUUUUGGGUGGGACGGGGAACGCACCAGAGCUGGUCCUCUGCCCCUUGGCACCGAUCCACCAGGGCCACUAUAUCUGUAGGGUUAACUACGGGGACAACUACACCUUCUCCAUAUGGGCUCAUGUUCGAUUGGUUCGAUCGGCAGGGACCAGUCCAGGUUGCAGCAGCAGUCUGUUUCCAGGGUCAGCUAGUGGUCUGCGAAUCCUCCUUCAGCCCCAGUCCCAGAUGCUGUCCGAGGGGGACACUCUGUUUCUGGAGUGCCACACUGAGGCAAACCCCCCCGCCCAGUACCACUGGUACCACAAUAUGGACCCCAUGUCGCAGCACAAAACGCGCUCACUCAGGAUCCCUUGUGUGACCACAGCCCACAGAGGCCAGUACAGCUGCAAGGUGUUCAACUUGUACCACGAGACAUGGAGCGACCCUGCCCAAGUCCACAUCGGCCCUAGCUCAGACAGCAGUGUCCCCUUGACCGAAGUGGAUCAUUAUCCAGCCACAGACAAAGUUGCUCUUCUUAUUGGCAACAUGAACUACAAAUGCCACAAUCAGCUUUGUGCACCCAUGGCUGAUGUGCAUGAGCUGGCCAACCUCCUCGGGCAACUGGACUUCAAGGUGGUUUCCCUGCUGGACCUCAACCUACAGGAGAUGCACAGUGCUGUGACUGAGUUCUUAUUGCUGCUUGACAAGGGGGUCUAUGGCCUGCUGUACUUCGCUGGUCAUGGUUAUGAGAACUACGGCAAUAGUUUCAUGGUUCCCAUCGAUGCCCCUGCAUCCUACACGUCAGAGCACUGCCUCUGUGUGCAGAGUGUCCUUCAGAGGAUGCAGGAGAGAGAGACCGGCCUCAAUGUAUUCCUGCUGGACAUGUGUCGUAAAAGAAACCUGAAUGAUGAGGUUAUUCCACAGCCAGGACCACUGAAAGUGACGGCAAAUAUAGUUUUCGGAUAUGCCACGUGUGUGGAUGCAGAAGCAUAUGAGGUGAAGCGGGAUGGCCUGUCCAAUGGCAUCUUCAUCAGCUUUCUCAAACGGCGCGUGUGUGAAGACGAGAAGGUCACUGUAAUGCUAGACAGAGUGGCUGAAGACAUGGGUCAGUGUGAGAUCACAAAAGGGCGGCAGGCGCUGGAGCUCCGCAGUAAUCUGUCUGAACGGCGUGCGCUCUCUGACCAGAUACAGAGCUCCGGCUGCCCCGCAGCCACCUCGGCCCGCAACCUGCAGUGGGCCAUCGCACACGACCUCCCAGAGAGCCGUAACCUACAGUUUGACUGUGGAGUGAAGGUGCAGCUUGGCUUUGCUGCAGAAUUUUCCAACAUCAUGAUUAUCUACACUCGGAUUCUGGAGAAGCCCAGAGAUGUGGGGUCCUGUUCUGCUCAGCUAACUGACUUCUCACAGGGUGUGGACAUCGACUUAAAGAAGAGUAAUCAGGAGAACCUGGUGGAGGUGGGAAGCUUGCUGCUGACUAUGGACAGUCUUCCCUCACCGGAGGUCCCCAGCCUGUACUCCCGCCUCUGCAGCCUGCAGAGACUCAAGGCGGAGCUCACAUUUACAGUGUGCCUUCACUUCCGGUACUCGAACUUGAACGAGGAGGUCCAGGAAAGGCAAACAGUGACAGUUGGCAAACCGCUAGUCUCCAAACUCAACCUCCACCAAUGCCUGAUGCCUUGCUCCUUUUCCGCCUCCUCCUCUCUCGACCUUCAACCCUCCAGUCUUGCUGAGCCUUCUUCCUUUGCUGAGGGCUUUGAGCCAGGCUUCAUUGCUUCUGAAACGUCUUCUGUCAUUUCGGCCUCAACCACCUGCUCAUAUUAUCUACAGAAUGCCAGAGAGUUGGCCCCUGCAGCCUCUGUGACUCCGGCCAGGAGCGUUAAUGUGCCAGAGGAGAACGACGGUCCGGACUGUGAUGCUCCUCAGCCCCUUAUGGCCAGCAGAAGCUUGCCUCACAGCCAAGGAGAUGAUGGCAGCUGCAAACUCAGCAGCAUGUACACUUUCCAUUCUUGUUAAAGGGGACCAACUCUGCAAUUUGGUACCCACAUCAUCGAUGCUGAAAUAGUGGAACAACAUAGAUAUAAAAAGAGGGAAUGGAAAAAAGUGUGUUUUCGUUGUAAAUGACAAAACACACAGAUCAAUGUUUUUUUUCUUUUUUAUAUUUUCCCCCCCAGUUGUACUUGGUCAAUUACCCUAUUUUCUGAGCCGUCCCAGUCGCUGCUCCACCCCCUCUGCUGAUCCGGGGAGGACUGCACACUACCACAUGCCUCCUCUGAUACACGUGGAGUCUCCAGCCGCUUCUUUUCACCGGACAGUGAGGAGUUUCACCAGGGAACGUAGCGCGUGGGAGGAUCACGCAAUUCCCCCCAGUUCCCCCGAACAGGCGCCCCGAUCGACCAGAGGGGGCGCUAGUGAAGCGACCGGGAUACAUACCCACAUUCGGCUUCCCACCCGCAGACACGGCCAAUAGUGGCUGUAAAGAAGCCCGACCAAGCCGGAGGUAACACGGGGAUUCGAACUUAGGAUCUCCGUGUUGGUAGGCAACGGGACAGACCGCUAUACUACCAGGACGUCCUGAGAAAAUGUUUUACUUCAACUUAAAUAUCUGAACAGUUUGGCGCUGCAACUUUCUCCCACUACGGUGUUCAUGUGCUCCUCUGCCUUUUACACAGCUCAACAGGUCUCGUGCCAGUGGUUUUCUGUGACAUUAUUAAUUAUGGAUUUCUCCUGAUGGACGUAUUGGUACUAAAUUAUGUGACAUGGAUUUGCUUUACUGAUAUCUGACAUGAGAUUACAUUUAAAACCCAAGAGGUAGGUACAGUCGGUGGUUGGAAGUGAGUGAAAGAAUAAGGGCAGGAGCUGCCAUGUUUGGUGUUUUGCCGCGUGUACUGAUGAGCCCUCGGGUAUUACUUUUCAACUUCCUACAGUGAAUAUCGAUACUAAGAGAUAUUGCUGUAUUGCCGAUGUUCACACUAUGUAUAUGUGCAAUGAACUGUAUUUCAAUUUCAAAUGUAAAUUGUAACUAACAAGUUACAAGCGAUGACCACUAUAUUGUAUUGCCAUGGUGUAGUGUGAAAGAGUAAAUAUCUGAAAAAGUAAAUACCUGAAAGAGUAAACACCGGAAAGAGUAAAUAUCUGAA